AUGGUAGGCCGACGCCGUGGCGCGCCGCCGCCCGGGCCUCGCCGUCUGACACGGUCCCAGAGCCGGGUGGACCGCAUCAGCGCACUCCCGGACGACCUGCUCCUCCAGGUCCUCACCCGCCUCCGCUGCGCCCGAACCGCCGCGCGGACUGCCCUUCUCGCCCGCCGGUGGCGCCGGGUCUGGCCGGGCCUCCUGGAGGUCUCCUUCCGCGGGCUCGCGCCCGACGCGAUCCACGCGGCGCUCGCCCGGGUCACCCGCACUUCGCUGGAGGCCAUCGACAUCCACGUCUCCAGGGGCACGGGACAUCGCGCGCUGGACGCGGGCAGCAUCACCUCCUUGCUCCACGCCGCCGCGGAUCGGUCGCCGGUGAAGCUCGCCCUCACCAUCCCGGUCGACCUUCCCCACUUCCGUGUCACCACAUGGAUCGAACUGCCGCGCUUCGAUUUCGCUACAUCGAUCGAGCUGGACGUGCAGGACGUCCGCUUUGCCCUGUCGGCGGCGACGGAGUUCCCCAAGCUGGAGACGCUGUCCCUCUCGGGCUGCAUCAUGGACCUGGCCACCUUGGUGCCCCGCUGCCCGCUCCUGCGCGCUCUCAGCGUCACCAGGACGCCGGACGAGGUGGACACGAUCACGGUGCACUCGGCGUCGCUCCACGAGCUCGUCGUGAGCACGUUCCGGUCCACGUCCACCAUCGACAUCGUGGCCCCCGCGCUCAGGAAGCUGACGCUGGCCUUGGACAGGGGCAUAGACAACAGCUUGUCGGUGGUGGCACCAAUUGUGGAGGAGGUCACUUGGCGGUGCUUGUACUACUCCAUGUAUGUUGGGAUUGGCAAAAUGUGGCGCGUCGGGUCCAUCAACACCCCUUAUCCUUCACAGAGGGAUUUUGCAGAAGAACUGGAGAAAAUCCCUGUUACCACCUUCUCUGCCCUAGAGCUGAAGAUCGCAACACGGAGCCAUGUUCUUGGACCACUGCUGUUGAACCUGCUUCGGAUUUGCACUGCAGUGCAAAGGCUUGACAUGGUUCUUGUGGAUACCCCGGUGCAAGUGACAGACUCUUGCGACAAAUGGUGUCCUUGUCAGGAGAAUAAUAGGAAAUGGAGAACUAAAACUACAAUCUCCUUGGCCAAUCUCACAGAAGUGCAGAUCAAAGGAUUCAAAGGUGGUGAUGAUGAAAUCGAUUUCCUCAAAAUGCUCUCCAGAUGUGCACCGAUGCUUCAGACGAUGACCCUGAAAUUGUCUGACGAGGUCACUAAUGACUGGUACAACAUAUUCAUCGACACCGUCCAGGAGUACCCUUAUGUGAAUUCCAGCGUUUGUAUCGGUUGA